UCGAAAUGUCAAAUUAUGACACCUAAUCAAAAUUUUGAGCAUUCAAAAUGGGAAUUGAUUAUUACGGAAUAUUGCAAAUACCAAGAAGCAGCACUGAUCUGGAAAUCAAAAAGGCGUAUAGGAGUUUGGCAUUGGAAUUCAACAAGGAAGUAUUGAAAAACGAAAAUGCUUCGGAAGUAUUCGCACUCAUAGGAGAAGCGUACGAUGUGCUGAGCGAUCCUUUAAGAAGGGCUGUUUUCGAUCAGUAUGGCGAAGAAGGGCUGAAACGAGGCGUUCCAACAGUUGAUGAUUAUAUUCCGGCUUAUCAUUAUCAUGGCGAUCCUAUGCUUACCUACAAGAAUUUCUUCGGAACGACCUCACCCUAUGCAGACCUUCUCGAUGUCCUCAAAAAUCCGCCGUUGCUUUACAAAAUGGCGGACGGAAAUCAUGCAGUGAGGAAGAAACAACCGCCUAUAAGGCAUCCGUUGGCUCUAACUUUACACGAGAUAUUUUUCGGGGGCGUGAAGAAAAUGAAGAUUCAUCGAUUGGUUUACGUGAACGACGAGCAGACGCGCACAGAGGUAAAAGAGAAAAUUCUGACUGUUCCUAUAAAACCCGGAAUCAGGCCGAACACGGAAAUUAUAUUUCCGGAAGAAGGGGAUCAGAAUCCCGCUCAUAUACCUGCUGACAUCAUUUUUAUUACUGAAGAUCGGCCACAUGAAACGUUCAUGAGAGAUGGAGACGACUUGGUGAUGAUCGCGACCAUAACUUUACAAGAAGCUUUACUUGGUACUACAAUCACUGUGAAAACGAUAGAUCACAGAACCAUUAGGGUACCAAUAACCGACGUGGUGAGUCCGAAGUACGAAAAAGUUGUCGAAGGUGAAGGUAUGCCUAUUUUGGAACAGUAUCCUGAGAAAGGAAACUUGAUUAUUAGGUUUAACAUAGAGUUUCCUAAGUAUCUUCCGAAAAACAGCAAGGAUAUGUUGAAGAAAGGUUUCCACGUGGCGAGAAUCUGCGGGGGAAGCAAUCAGCAUGAGGUUAUAAAUAAGUUGGUAUUAGCAGAUAAAAUUCUUCGCGUGGAUCCAGACGAAAGGUUGCCACCAUUUGAUUAUUAAUUAUUUUCAUGUUUGAUCAUCCAAUAUUAAUUAAAUAUAGUUUUACUCAUAGAAAUCAAAUAAAGCCAAUUUUGAAAAGUA